AUGGAGUCGUAUAACCUCAAGACCGCGGCAACAUACAUCAACAACUUACUUUUGGCUCGCGGACUAUUGCGUGAUGGAAAAGGCAUUGAGUUCGCGCACCCGUCGCGAGCAGAGGGCGGCAAGGAGGCCACGAUGGCUCAGAUCAUCAAUCUUGUCCAUGAUCUGAUCCUGAAGCGUGAUCGUGACCAGGAGUAUCGAGAAUCUGUCGCAGAGACCGUUCGCAACCUACGUUCAGAACAGUCGCGACAGUUGAUAUCGCUCGAGAAGCUACAGACUCGCAAUGCAGACCUCACACGUCAAUUGUCUCUUGCGCAGUCGCAAGAGCAUGCCGCCCGCGCCGCUUUACGAACCGCCGAAUCGUCAGCACGCAAGCUGCGUGCAGAAAUGCUGCGCCUCAAGACAACCAUAGAUCAAGUCCGGACAAGUUGCGCAAAUGACGUGCGAAAGCGCGACGUUCAGAUACAGCGCCUGAAGAGCCACCUGACCACCCAGCAGCGUGGCAAUAAGACGGGCCUUGUAGGCGCAAGCAUUACAAUCAACCCCGGUGUCGCUGGGCUUGGUGGUUCAACAAGUGCUCUACGAAAUGAGGAGCCAGAUCUCGAAGAUCCGGGUUACAGCCUAAAGCAGGAGACCACGGAAUUUUUGACGCAGCUGAGCCAGAGCUUGAGCGACGAGAACGACAGCUUGAUUGCUCUUGUGAGAAGUACGCUUGUGACGUUAAGGGAGUUGCAGGGCAUGCCAGAGAUGAUUGCACAGGAAGAUGCAGAUGGGCUCUCGGUAGUUGGGGAAGAAGAUGAGGACGCACGACAGGGCAUGAUGCACGCAUUACCUACCAGCUACGAGGUCCUCGCCAGCGACACAGACGCAGUACUCGACAACCUCAAGAACCUGCUCACAAACCCCAACUUUGUAUCGGUAGAUGAGGUCGAGUCGCGAGAGGAAGAAAUCCACAGACUACGAGCUGGUUGGGAGAAGAUGGAGGCUCGAUUGCGCGAGUCGUUCAAGCUCAUGGACUCAUGGCGGAAGCGUAUGACCAAGGGCGACACCAUCAAUCUCGACGAGAUCACCAGAGGAUUGGACUAUGAUACCGACAUGGAGGCAGAUGGCGCAGACGAUAUCUCGAUCAUCGAAGAGGAAGAUGAGAACGAGUAUGAAGAGGAAGAAGAGGCCCCAGAGCAUAGCGACGAGGCUAUGGAAGAUGGUAGCUCUGUCUUCAACGAGGAGGUUGGGGAAGUUGAAGCGGAAGAAGAGCACCCCACACCAGAGGCAGAGCUUGCAGUAGGGCAGACAAAUGGUGAUCGUCUGUUCAGUGUCAAGCUGCAACCUGAACAACAAGCUCUCCAAGAAACGAACGGUCACAGGUCACCCAACAAAUCGCCUCGAAAAGUUGCUUUCUCAGCUUCUAUCCCUAACACGCCUUCCAAAUUGGAAGACGGGAACACAGAUACACCUGGACUCGAUCUGGCCGAUGCGAAAAAGUUCAGCCACCCAUCUUCUGCCGCAAAAGCGCCCUCAUCAGAAGAGCGACCAUCCCGACCGCUCAGCCAAGAUGAGCGCACACCACGCCAUGUACGUUGUGACAGCAUUUGCGACCAGAUUAUCAAGAUGGCCAGCAAAGUCACUUUUUCUUCAUCCCCAUCCUUAUAUUUCGACUUAUCGACAGCGACAUAUUCUAAUACCCAACAACAGACAAAGAAACGACAUUCAAGUCCACAUGCUCACCCCGAGGAGCGCUCCCCGAAGCUAAGCAUGUUCGACAAGCUUAAGGCAGUCCAGGCGGAAGCGGAAGUAGUCGCUGCCAGGAUCCAGUCUAGUCCUGUCAAGUCCUUCAGAUCGGCAAAUGGCGAAGACACAGCGGAAGAGAAGAAGCAACGACGUAUGAGUCGCUCGCCAACAAAACCUUCGCGCAUUGGAGGGCGCCCGAAAAGGAGAAAGAGCACGUUGACACCUGCGGAGCUGGAGAAUCUCUUGGGCUGCUAA